ACCAAAUUAGUAGUUUUCUUCAUUAGUUUUUAAGAUAUGAUAUUAAAAUGAAAUGUAAAAAAUCCAGGAUGACCUGCUUUGAUUGUUCCGAAUUUGGAGCGCUUCGUGAUGAGUUUUACAGGGUGCCUCAGCACCAAAGAGCAGUUUCCUGACUGGGACAUUGGCGGGCAGCCUCCUGAGGGACAUGAGGACAAGACCUGCUGGGAUUGGCAACGUCAAUGCCGACUGGAUGGGUUUACUUCCCUCCAAACUCAGUGCCAUGCCUCUGAAGUACCUCGCUGUGCCAGGUUCUCAUGACUCCUUCACUUUCUGGGUGGAUGUCCAUGCACCUGUCGGCCCUGAUCAGAAGACCUAUGUGAAGUACUUGGUCACCAUGUUCAGUGUGUUAGCCAAGAAAUUCAUGGUGAAGUGGUCAAUGACACAGAAUCUGACGUUUAGAGAGCAGUUAGAUGCAGGAAUCCGUUACUUUGACCUCAGAGUAUCUUCUAAACCCUGUGAAGCUGGAAAUGAGAUCUAUUUCAUCCAUGGCCUCUUUGGACACAAGGUGAGGGACGGCCUGUUAGAAAUUAACUCCUUCUUAUGCAGACACAAAAAAGAGGUUGUGUUUUUAGACUUCAAUCAUUACUAUGCAAUGGAUUCAGAGCACCACGUGUACCUCAUCGAAAUGCUGCAGGAAGUGUUUGGCAGUAAGCUGUGCAGCGACUGUGCAGUGGAGAACAUCACUCUGAACUACCUCUGGGAGAAGAAAUACCAGGUUAUUGUUUUCUACCACCAUCCUUCAGCACAAGGUAUCCCUGUCAUGUGGCCUGGCAAUAAAAUCCCUGCUCCUUGGGCAAACACCACUGAGCCAAACAAGCUUAUACAGUUCCUGGAAACUACUUUAAAAGAAAGAAAGAAACAGGGAUCCUUCCAUGUCACCCAGGCCAUCCUCACUCCUACAGUCAACACUGUGGCCAAGGGUUUGGUCUGGGGGCUACGCGAUUACCUGGUAGAAAGAAACCUGCCAAUCAUAAUGUCCUGGGUUCAGACUCAACGACCAGGGGUGGACGGAGUCAACAUCAUUACCUCUGACUUUGUGGAGCUCACUGACUUUGCCAACAUUGUAAUUAAACUAAACAACCUGCUGCUUUCAGAGUCGGAACACAAAGCGAGAUGACACACGUCCUAGUUUGAAUGGCGCUCUUAUGGUUUGGUUUACUGCUUCAAUAACAUUGCAUCAAAGGGGGAAGCAACGUUAUUGAUUUUAAGUAGGAUUUUCAUAUUUUUUGCUGGUAACUUUUCUGCUGAUUGCAGAGAUUUAGACUUUCUAAUUAAAUGACUAAACAUAAAAUGCCAGUGUUUAAUGACAUUUUAAGCCUUUUGAUAUUCCCAGAACUCUUCAAUAUUUUUUGCAGACAAGUCUUUUAGCCCAUGUGUUUCAAAUACAGCAAAAAGGAUUUUAGAAAGCUUAUGGAAAGAAGAGAGCAAACCAAAAGAAAAGUAAAUUCUCUAUUUUCAAAAUGCACCAUAUAUUGCUGCAAUGAAAAGUAACUGUAACACACAUCCUCCAUUUUGAUGUAUACUCUAGCAUUUAUCCGGGGUGUAAUAACUAUAGAAUAGUAAAAGGAAAAAAUUAUCUGUGUUACCUAUCAUAAAUGUAACUAAGGUAUAUGAAUUAAACAGGCACAUUGGCAGAGAAUUUAUAUAUUCAAAAUUUUAAGGUUUUGAUAAAAUAAAUUACAAGCUUUUCUUGUAUUUGGUAUUAAUACAAAUUAGUCCAUGCAAGAUUCUCGAAAUAUGUUUAGCUAGCCUUAAGGGAAUCAAAGCCCCCAAGAGCCUCCACCUACCAUGUUUUCUUCAACAAAGAGUUAAGUAAAAAGAUAAACAACUCUGUGUAAAAAAUAAAUCUUCCACUUGCAGCAACAGUCAUUAUAAGUAAAGUCACAUCAUACUGGUGCAAACUGGCCACUCGCUUUAUUCUUUUAUGAAAAUGUUUCCCUCAAGCUAGAACAUCCAUCUUUAUGUCCAUCCGUGCAUCUAUC